AUGCCCAGGUCUGGUCUCAUCUCCUUUCCCGAUGAUCUCCUAAGCGACGACUCCAGCUUCUACGGUGACGAGGACACAAAGACUCAAUAUGAGGAAGAGCUAAAGCCAUUCAAUCCGCGCGAUUUCUGGGACAUCUACGAGACGAGCUAUCAAUGCUCCAUUAUCCAGGCCAAAGCGGCGGAAGCGUCCGUGCCCCCAACGACGCGCAAGCGCGAAGACGCCGAGGACGAAGAAGUAUCGCUGAAGCCUAACAAGAAGAAAGUGAAGAAGGAAGCAGACAAUGACAAUAAUGUUGGAUCCAAGUCUGCAACAUCUUCAUCAUCCGCGGCACAAUCCGCGACCAAUGCCUUCCACAACGCUUGGGAGGCUCGGCCAGGCGGGAAGAAGACAGCAGAGUCCAUAUCCUCCUUCCUGACUCGCCUGCCGCCGUCCCGUACCACCUCCUCGGAUAUGGGUGACUCGUGGAUCUGGUGUGCAAACCCCUACCGCACAAAGCACGACACCGAGACAGGCACAGAUGCUGAUACGGGUGGCUUUACGCAAGCUGGCCACCACCUCUUGGAAAAAUUCAUGGAGCGCCGUCAGCAACUCGAAGAGCAAAAUCCGGACAAGGUUCCUGGAGCUAUCACCCGGAUGUUAGGACCCGACAAGCAGAAGCUGGAAAAAGACAUUGCUGAGCUGGCACAGAAGCAUCGUCUGACGAGCGGCAAGUGGAUGCUUUUCCCGUCUGACCACGAUGUAGACCGUGUCUGGGGAGUUGUAGCCGAAGCGACCUGGAAUGGCAGGCUCGGAACGGGGUCAAAAGUGGCACCAACGAACAGUGGACAGAAUGAGCAUCUUGUGUGUAUCUAUACGCAAGAUUCUACCGAUAUGAAUGAUGUCAAGUCGGUGCUGGCCGAGAUGAGGCGACUGGGUCUCGUGCAAGACGGACAGAUCGCAAAGACCGUGUAUUACAAGUGCGAUGCGUACACGUAUCUGGAGCUGACCAGCGGCAAUGAGUUCAAGAUCAAAGCCAGCAUGUACAACAGCCGCGACAUGUUCAAGGAAGUGGCCAAGGAGAGGAGCAGGAAUAAAAGGUGA